AUGUCCUUCACAAAACUUUACUUCUUCAUUCUAACAUUUCAGAAACCUACUAUUUACAACGACCCCAACGCCUUCAACUCGGGAAUUCCCUUCCUUAGUAUUCUCAUGGAACACAGACAGUUCUCUAAUAGCCGCUACUCCCUAUUCAAUCGUGAUGAUCAAGUGGCUUUUGUAGAGAUACUCGGCCGCCCUCAAGAAUGUAAAACACUGCCACACCGGGAGAAUCGACAAGAAAUAUAUCGCCAGCCUUUGCCCACUUCGCUGAGGGGUAGGGAGAAUUGCCGCCUGAGGUUGUUAUUGAGCGCGGAGUUGACCCUGAUGACUAUGCAAGAUUGGGAUCUAAUGGCAUUGAUCACUGCCACAUUGCUACUACCGAAAACUGUAGCUGAUGAAUAG